CCUAGGUGGGUUGUGUACACCCCGUGGACAUGUGAACGCAAAAUUGCGGACCUCAUGUGGAUAAUAAUCACUGCUUCAGUUAUCGGUAGAGGCGGCUCAGAAAUACAAAAUAUCCAAAGCACGACGGGAUGUCGAGUACAAAUGAGCCCGGAUGGUGACCCCAGCACUGGCGUUCGCCAAUGCACACUGCAAGGAAGCAAGAUAUCGGUGGAAAGAGCCAAACAAAUGAUAACCGAUGUCAUCACCAGAGCAGCGUCACGUCCUACGACUCAAAACUUCACCCCCACCGAUGGCCGUGCCAUAACAGUGGAAAUGACUAUACCAGCUACGAAAUGUGGUCUUGUAAUAGGAAAAUUAGGGGAAACCAUAAAACAAUUACAGGAACAAGCAGGUUGUAAAAUGGUAAUGAUACAAGAUUCACAAGAAGUAACUGGACAGUCAAAACCACUGCGCAUUACAGGAGAGCCAGAAAAAGUCGAGGUAGCUAAACGGCUUGUUACCGAUUUGAUCAACUCUCGGGAGGAUAAUGGCACUAUACCACGUCUUUAUUCCGAGCAAGCCACAGCAAAAGGAGAAGUGGUGGUCCCUCGUGCUAGUGUCGGCAUGAUUAUAGGUAAAGGAGGAGAGACCAUAAAGCGGCUCGCUAUGGAGACGGGGACGAAGAUUCAGUUCAAAGCUGAUGAUGAUCCGACAUCUCCCGAUCGAUGUGCAGUCAUUAUGGGAUCAAGAGAGCAGAUCUACAAAGCUACUGAGCUCAUCACCGAACUGGUUCAUAAAAGCUGUAGUGGCUCACUGAUGACCGGUCAAACAGAGGCUUUCUAUAUGCAUGUCCCAUCAAAUAAGACGGGUCUCGUUAUAGGUAAAGGAGGAGAGACUAUCAAGCAGAUCAACGCUGAAAGUGGCGCUCACUGCGAGCUAUCUCGCGAUCCUCCACCGAAUCCCCAAGAAAAGGUAUUUAUAAUCCGUGGUACUCCAUAUCAAGUUCAUCAUGCACAACACAUUAUUCGAAUCAAGGUAGUGUAUGGUUGCUAUCACAGGCUAUUGCGUUCGCAGUGUGUGACAAUUGAGUGA